GUUGGUCCUGGAUAGGAUGGUGGGUUCUAUAAACAAUUACAUUACUGAAAACAUUGGAAUCAGUAUCCAUCAAGCUUUGAAGCCGCAUGUCAGCACGUGUCCACGUCCUGCGAAGCUGAGAAUCCAUAAAAAGAUCUCAGAAAUGUCAUGUCCACUCGGUAGUUUUCGAUUUUUUGUGUGGAGCUCCCUAAUCACUUCGUCUCACAAAAAAUUGAAGUGAACAAAAUUCGAAAAAAUGAAACUCCUCUUGUCGGCUUUUUCCUUUUUCCUCGCUCCGGCUCUCGCCGUCACCGCAAAUACCAAGGAUCAAUACCACCUUCGUGACGAUGACCACAUCGGGCCUGCCAUGUGGGUCUUCGGAGAUGAAGGCCUGAAAAUUUACUCACCGGAUGGCAAGAGUUUGCGCAAGUCCACCUCGGCUGAACGAGUCUGCCACGAAACGUCAGGAUAUCGAGGAAGCACCGAAGUAACCUUGAGCUGCUCUUUCUACGACGUUGUUUCUGAUGGAAAGAAGUUCGUCUGGGCCGCUGUCUCUCGUGGAUCCUCUAAAAUCGAUGUGUUUUCCAUCGAUACGGGCGACAUCGUUGGUUCAUUCGAGACUUGCAACACCCCUCGUGACCUCGAGUACCAUCCUCUACGGGAUGAGAUGUGGGUCCGCUGCCUCGGAGUAACGGAAAACGAAGUUAGUUACAUGGACGUCUUUUCUGUCCAGUCUCCUACUGUCGACUCCACCACACGAAUCCUGAUGUCUGACAACACUACUGACAACUCGUACGGUUACAUGGCCAUCGAUAACACUAUGGGUGAUGUGGGCUAUACCACAAUGUGGGGAAGUCCCUUCUUGUACAAAAUUGGGCUGAGCGAAAAAGUUGUUCUUGAAAAAUUUGAUAUUGAACUCGCUCACGGAGGUUACGAACUCGCUUACUCACCCGUGAACCAACACAUCUUCGUUCGUGCCCUUACUUGUUGCACAUGCGGUUUUGAAGGAGCCGAUCUUGGUGUUGAUUGCGGUCGGUACGGAACGGAACUGGUGAAUAUAACCACAGGCCCCUCUGCUGGACAGAAUAACGUUGAUGGGCAAUGCGGGCGCUGUGAUGGGAGCGUGGCUGAUACGCUUGGUGUGUACGAGUUUGACACUAAUGCAGAGACUUUUGUUGGAAAGCACUUGAUGGAAGACGGACUUGGUGGGGACCCGUUUGCCUCCCCCGAUGGAAAGUAUAUAGUCAUGUUUGGCCGCAAUGGAGGGCGAUCAGUUCGCGUUUUGGAGGCUGGAAACCCCGGCAAAGUAUCGACCGUUGCCUUUGAUAUCAAACUGGAUUUCAAUACAACCAGUGUCGAGGACGAUGCCGUCUUCAAUGACUUUGCUUUUAUUCAAGACGGUGAGCGCGAGAUGAUUGUCCUUGCUUCGGGAAACGAAAACAAGCUUGUGCUGAUCGACCCCAAGUCUAGCAAUCCUAGCACUAGCUACAUCUCUUUCCGUGACGGUGACAUUUCUUCCGACGGCACCCGGCGCCAAGUUGAGUGGGCGGUGGGUACCAACUAUGUGUGGGUCGAUGGGGCUGAUGCGUCUGAAGUGUACAUUAUCGACGUUGGCACGAAACAGGUUGUCGAGACCCUAACCAAUGUCAACAGUACCAAGAUGGUUUUUGUUCAAAACUACGAGCGCACCCGUCUUCAGAACAUGAUCACCGGUGAAUCUGGUUUUGGAUCCGAUUCUUCGUCGACGGAGCGCGCCUUUGGCGCCAACUACGAGGACGACAACGAUAUUGACGCAGUAGGAAUCAUCAGUCUAAUCCUCGCUACUGUUGCUUUGGCCGUCGGCGUGGUGAACUUGGUGGUCAUGAAGAACCGAAAGCCGCAGUCUCAUGGCCAGCCUACAUCUUCCAUCAACACGUCCUCCAAGAUGGAUGAAGAAGUGUCGCUCGGCAGCAAGAACGUUGCGUAAUGCGAGAUCUGCUUGCUUUAUCUUUGCGUAUUAAUGCAUGUUGAAAGGUGUAAGCGUUUCUGGUAAGAUAGCAUCAUUUCAUGAAUAAGAAUAGCGGUUGCGGCAAGCAGACCGUUGCCAAAUAGUAGAGGAUUCGUAGAUUGCUAUACAAC